UCCGCUGAUGAUAAUUACACAGAAGAUCACGACACUUGCAUGCCAGUUACAUGAUGGAAUAGGGCGGCAAGCUGAGGAACUCACCGCGGAGCAAAAUCGGCUUGCUGUGAAGACGAGACCUUCUUUAUUGGAGUAUUUAAGCUAUCUCCUCAAUUUUAUGAGCAUCAUAGCUGGGCCUUGCAGCAAUUACAAGGAUUAUAUAGCCUUCAUUGAAGGGAGGCAUGUGCACAUGAAACUAUUAGAAGUGAACUGGAAGCAGAAGGGUUAUGACAGACUUCCUGAUCCUUCUCCAACUGGAGCAGUGAUGUACAAGCUGUGUAUCACACUAGUAUCUCUCAUUUUAUUCUUGACUCUUACCAAGAACUUUCCCAUGGCAUAUAUUAUUGAUAAUGAAUUUCUUGAUAAAACACCUUUCUUGUCAAGACUUGGUUACCUGUACGUUGUAACGCAGGCAGCAAAACCAAAGUAUUACUUUGCAUGGACGUUAGCAGAUGCAGUCAACAACGCAGCGGGCUAUGGAUUCAGUGGAGUUGACGAGAGGGGUGCCUUCCGCUGGGACCUCUUGUCCAAUUUAAAUAUCUGGAAUAUUGAGACUGCAACAAGUUUUAAAAUGUACAUUGAAAACUGGAACAUUCAGACAGCUGCCUGGCUGAAACGCGUUUGCUAUGACAGAGCUCCCUGGUACCCUACAGCUUUAACAUUUAUCCUGUCGGCCCUGUGGCACGGUAUCUAUCCGGGAUAUUAUUUUACGUUUCUGACUGGAAUCCUUAUCACACUCGCAGCCAGAGCAAUAAGAAACAAUUGCAGACGUUACUUCCUCUCCUCAGUGCCUCUCAAGAUAGCGUAUGACGUUGUCACCUGGCUUGUCACUCAACUGGCCGUCUGCUAUACUGUUGCCCCCUUCGUUAUGCUGGCUGUUGAGCCCACAAUUAAGUUUUACAAGUCUAUGUAUUUCCACAUGCACAUUCUCAGCAUCCUGGUGUUGCUCGUGUUACCAGUCAGAUCUCAAGCCCACUCCAUAAGAAAGCCUCAGAAUCAGGCUGUGCAGAACUCUGUUAAAAGCAAAGACAAAUGA